AUGAUACCUCUGGGCAACACAAGAAUUGAAUUCCCUGACCAGAAACCACCUAUCUAUCUAUGUUCAUAUUUUGUCCACAUAGGCAAUAGGGAGUGUGGGACAUUCCAUUACAACAUAUUCAUAUCUAUCUAUCUAUCUAUCUAUCUAUCUAUCUAUCUAUCUAUCUAUCUAUCUAUCUAUCAAGCCUUGAGUUUGAUUUAUGUUUACUGUACACAAAUAUCUAUCUAUAUUCUUAUAUCACUCAGUUUAUUCACAUCUAUCUAUCUAUCUAUCUAUCUAUCUAUCUAUCUAUCUAUCUAUCUAUGUUCUUAUUUCACUCAGUUUAUUCACAUCUGUCCUGUCUAUCUAUGUUCUUAUUUCACUCAGUUUAUUCAUAUCUCUCUAUCUGUGCUUAUUUCACUCAGUUUAUUCACAUCUAUCUAUCUAUCUAUCUAUCUAUCUAUCUAUCUAUCUAUCUAUCUAUCUAUGUUCUUAUUUCACUCAGUUUUUAUUCACAUUUAUCUAUCUAUCAAGAUUCAUUAUAAUGUGCAUAUUCAUCUGUUCUCACUGUGA